UCAGGUGUUCUUUGAUGUGAAGAUCGGAGACAGAGAUGUUGGCAGAAUUGUAAUUGGAUUGUUUGGAAAAGUUGUCCCAAAGACUGUGGAGAACUUCGUUGCGCUGGCAACUGGAGAAAGAGGAUAUGGAUAUAAAGGAAGUAAAUUUCAUCGUGUGAUCAAAGACUUCAUGAUUCAAGGAGGAGACUUUACAGCUGGAGAUGGAUCAGGAGGAAGAAGCAUCUAUGGAGAAAAGUUUCCAGAUGAGAACUUCAAGCUCAAACACUAUGGAAUUGGGUGGGUUAGCAUGGCUAAUUCCGGCCCGGACACCAACGGAUCCCAGUUCUUCAUCAGUGUGACAAAGCCUUCCUGGUUAGACGGAAAACAUGUGGUGUUCGGCAAAGUCCUUGACGGAAUGUCCGUGGUGCACUCCAUAGAGCUCCAGCAGACGGACGAGCACGACCGGCCCCUUCAGGACUGUGUGAUUGUGAACAGCGGCAAAAUAGCUGUGAAAGAACCGUUUGUGGUCGAAGUGGGCGACUGGUGAGACCAACGGCCAUGGCGGAAAGCAGAGCUUCGGCACUUUUCUUUAAGGCCUGUUUUUCACCGAUCUUAACUAUCCAUUGAGGUUUUUUCCUCAAAACGUAACGGGGCUAUAUUUACACAAUACUUAACCGUUGGCCAAAUACAUAAAAGAUAAGACCAUUUCUAUAACAGCUCGAUGGAGCUGUCGCUCCUUGAAAUGCCAAGACGUAACCCGCGAAAUCCUGGAUCUUGCAGAAGUCUGUCCUAAAAAAUGUUAGAAGUACUUCU